AUGCUGCUUCGUUGGUUGACUUUAUUGAUCCAAUUACUAUACAUUGCUGAAGGUAUAGUUGUAUUCAAGAAUUCAACUUCGAAGUCCAGCGCAAGGCUGUGGCAAGUAAUGGGUAAGCUGAUACACAACUCUGAUAUUCUGCAAGAGCUGUACCCAAUUGUCACAGGACUAGAAGACAGCUUUGAUGAAGAUUUUGAUGGUGAUAGGAAUCUUGUGGAGAUGGUUCAAGACUAUUUAAGUAUGUGGGAUCCUGAUGUGGCGGCCCUACUUCCUUUGCAUUACAAAUUAAACCCAGGUUUCACUUACGACCAUUCGAAUGAUAACUACUUUGUUCUGAAUGGUGCGCGAUAUUAUAACGCAGAUGACGUAUUUUAUUUGAAAUCCUCGGAUUUAGCUGCUCAGAAACUCAUCUCAGAUGACAGGCUCAUUACAAUAGAAGAUACGAUAAUUGGGCUCAAUAAUGAUUCUCCGUUAAUUAUCCUUUAUGCAUGUGAUCUCACUCCAGAUUUUGUGGAAUUCAAUCGAAAUCUUUUCUUAGAAGCCAGUGACGGAAAAAUUAGAUAUGUUUGGAUGUCCACUUGUCCAGCUGACGCCGAUUUCGAAUUAUUAGGUGCCGCUACUAGUUUAACAAUCAAGAACUAUGAGAACGCUCAUGAUAUAAUCAUAAAUCCAUCCCUUCCACCAGAAUUUGUGAAUAAUAGUGGAAAAUACAGAGUCAAUAAACUCGAAAAAGAGCAAUUAUCGGAACUAGAUUUAAAAGUUGCAACGUUAAUUGCUUCGAAUUACGAGCGAAAUGAGAAUUUAAAUUAUACUUUAAUGAUAUUCAGGCAGAUCAUUCAUAACUUUCCACUGGUAGCACAAGAGUUAGCUUCUCUUCCAAAGCCGGAUAGCCGGCUACUUGAUCAGCUAUCUCAUUUGUCUGAACGCGGUAUUGAUCAUAACAUGUUGGGAUUUUACGUUAAUGGUCAAUAUAUGAGGGUCGCAGAGUUAAGUCCGCAGUUGAUAGUUGAUAAGGUUACUCUUGAGUUAGAUUACUUUAAGAUGGUCGCAUCCUUGUUCAGUGACUUUCAGUCUAUAUCUAAUGAUGAUCUUUUUCCUCUAAUCAAAAAAAUAAUUAGCCACUACUCUCACCUUUCACAUUACAGUUUACAAACAACGCAACCAAUCAAGUAUGACCUUCAUCGCAUUCCUGGCUUUUCAGAGAGUGUCAUUUACUUCAAUGAUAUUGAAAAAGACUCACAAUACGAUAAUUUAAAAAAAGAUUUAUCGAUGUUUCUUGAAAAGACUGACUUCGGUGACUUACCGAGUUAUAGAGAAAAUUGGAAUGAAGUUAUUUUUGUUAUUGAUCUCGCAGACCUCCAUUCCAAGGAUACAGCGGAAGCAUUGGCGGGAAUGCUAAGAGCUAUUGGUGUUAUAAAAAAUGGUUAUCCUCAAAGAAUUGGACUACUACCGCUAUCAGCAAACAAGGCAUCUGAACGAAUUCUUAGGAAAAUUUAUGAAUUGAAAAACGAAAGUCUGGAAACCUUGAUAGACUUUUUGAAGGACCUAUCUAAUGCACACGAUACAGUGGAAUCGGAUUUCUAUGAUAUUCCCCCAGUAUCUUCUAUACUUUCCGAAAAUUUAAAGGUUUACAACUCUUCCAUUAUCAUAAAUGGUGAAAUUUAUCCUUUUAAAGCAAACAAUUGGAAUUAUUUGGUUGCUAAAGUGGUGAAAAGAGAUGUGUCUUUUUUGAAAACUGAACUAAGAAAAAUUAGGCAAAGCGCUGAAGUCAAAGUCAGAAAUUUAUUGCAUUCGAAGUCAUUCACGGCCAGAAAUCAAAAAUUUCUCCCGGAUUACUUCCAAGAGGGAACAUAUUUCCGUAUUGACGUCAAACCUUUGAACCAAUUAGGUGAAAGACUAAUACGAGUUAGGGAUGAUAGUGAAUACAACUUACUUCACACUGUCACUCUAGUUGAUGAUUUUCUUUCCGAAUCUGCACUGGAGCGCCUUUUGAAUCUUUUAGAGUCCAAGCUUUUGGGGGUCAGACUGAGAGUCAUUCAUAGAGGCGCCCUGAGUGGUCAGUGGCCAAAACUCCGCCAACAUAUCGAGAAUAGGGACAUCGAAAAAAUUAGACUAUUGUCUGAGAAAUCAAAAUCCGUCAAAACUGAAAAUGACGUUUGUAAUAGCGUUUUAGGGAAAUGGUUGAUUGGCUCAACCGAUUCGCAUCUUGAAGAGACCUCUUUUAUCGUCAUUAAUGGCAGAUAUAUUCACUUUGAUUUUGCAGAAAUUCCCACAACAGUAGAGUUCGAAUCUAUUAUUAGACGGGAGGCAGUUCGGACGUUGGACGUUGUGUACGCCAUUGAAGAACACUUUCCGCAUAUUUUCUCCGAAAGAGUAAACCCUGAUUUCAUUGAGAUGCUUUCUGCGGUGCUAACCCAGAUGUUUUAUGAUGGUGAAAAUAUCUAUCAAAACGGUAUUGAUUACACUGCAGAAUCAAGUAUUUCAAGAAUUCAAAUGGGUGAAGUGCUUGACUUUCAGUCAUAUGGAAGGUUCGAAAGUACAAAGCGAGUCAAACCAGUUGACGUAAUGGUUCUGGUAGAUCCCUUGGAAGAACGGACGCAGAAUUUUUUGAGUAUUCUGUCGCUGAUAGAAGACUUGCCAUUUAUAAACUUGCAAAUUGUACUCAUGCCCACUGAGGAUUUAAAGGUCUUUCCUAUUUAUCGUAUCUGGUGUGAAGAGGAUAUAAAUCUCCCAGAAACAGACCUCAAAUUCUUCGAUGUUGACGUGAAUGUUCCAUCACAUAUCCAUGUGUCCAGAGGCGAUGAUUAUUCAUUCACUUUGGAUUAUAUUGGUGUGGAAGUCCACGCCUUUGGAGAGCAAAUUGUGCCAUCAGUAACAAAUGUUGAAGGCAUUUCAAACGUAUGUUUAAGACUUAUUGAUUCAGCCGGUAAUGCGAUCUCGAGUACAUUGACAAUGGAGACUUUUGGGUAUGGACUCCUUACUGUCCCCGAGUUAGGUAGAAAUUUCAAUGUCGAAAGUUGCGAUGAUCGCUACUUCGUGGAAUCUUUCUCAUUGGAUGGCCGUAGCGAUUAUGUGGCCUCUCGUUCUCUUGAUAUUAAAGAUUUCACACCAAAAAGGAUCUACGUCAAGAUACGUGAAAACCAAUUCCCCCAAAUUGAGCCACCUGAUAGGGAUGACGUGCUCAAUAUUUAUUCAAUAAUUGUGGAUCAAGAUGAUGAGAGUGCCUAUGAGAGAAUGAUUUCUAUUGCGUGUCAGGGCUCGAAGCGAUCGGUAAAGUUUUGGAUUAUAGCAUCUAGCUUAACGCCCAAAUUCAAGGAAUUUCUCUGUUUCUUCUCUAAUCAGCAAAAGGGGCGUAUAAGCUUCGAAUUUGUAAACUAUAAUUGGCCGAGAUGGUUACGGCCUCAAAGAUUCCGCACAAGAGAACUUCAUGCUAUGAAACUGAUAAUGUUAGACGUUUUGUUUCCUAAUAGCAUAUCAAAGUUGCUAUAUAUUGAUCCAAAAGCGCAGAUCAAUGAUAUUGAGCAAUUUUUCAGUGUAGAUUUCUUCACUGUAUUCUGUUUACCUAAAGCUUAUGCAAGAGAUGGGAAUCCAUACUGGAAGGAGGGCUAUUGGAAAUCAUUUUUGGAGAAGAAUGGAUUGAAAUUUCAUGCUCUGGAGCCAGCAUUUCUUGUCAAUAUGGAUCUUUACAGAAAGUCACACGCUGGUGAUAAGUUAAGAAUUCACUAUCAACGGCUAUCGACUGAUAUUCUAUCAUUGACAAAUAUCGAUCAAGAUUUGAUAAACGAUAUCCAACUGGAAAUUCCCGUAACCUUGCUAAAUAAGCGGUUGCUCAAGAAGCCUGAGAAUAUAGCCAAGAGUCUAAGAGAAUUGUCAGAUAUGCACGAGAAAUUUGAAAAAAAGGGGCUUGUAUCGGUAGAGAGCAGCAAAUCGGUCAGCGAUCCGGUGGCCGAAAAUGUUAUUCAUGAUGAACUUUGA